UUUUUUUGUCUUUUUUUUUUUUUUUUUUUUAAAUUUUAAAUGUACAACUUCAUGGGGCUGAACAGCACGGCCGUAGCUAUUCAGCCCAAUGUGUCCUGCACAUGCAACUGCAAAAGGUCUUUGUUCCAGAGCAUGGAGAUCAGCACUGAAUGUUUAGGUCGCACCUUUCCAGGUAAACUGGCGGAGUUGGAGUUUGUACAGAUAAUCAUAAUCGUGGUGGUGAUGAUGGUGAUGGUGGUGGUGAUCACGUGUCUGCUGAACCACUACAAACUCUCUGCGCGAUCCUUCAUCAGCCGGCACAGCCAGGGGAGGCGGAGGGACGAGAACCUCUCUUCAGAGGGAAGCCUAUGGCCUUCAGAAAGCACCGUGUCAGGGAAUGGAAUAACAGAGCAGCAAAUCUACACCCCGAGACCCAGCGACCGCCUGGCAGUGCCAUCCUUCCUGCAGAGGGACCGCUUUAACAGAUUCCAGCCAACCUACCCCUACAUGCAGCACGAGAUUGACCUGCCUCCCACCAUCUCGCUGUCGGACGGCGAAGAGCCCCCCCCGUAUCAGGGACCCUGCACGCUGCAGCUGCGGGACCCCGAGCAGCAAAUGGAGCUCAACAGAGAGUCGGUCCGGGCACCCCCCAACAGAACCAUCUUUGACAGUGACUUGAUAGAUAACUCCGUGUACGGGGGGCCGUGCCCCCCCAGCAGUAACUCUGGCAUCAGCGCGACCUGCUAUGGGAGCAAUGGUAGGAUGGAGGGACCGCCGCCGACGUACAGCGAGGUGAUAGGGCACUACCCAGGGUCAACGUUUUACCAGCACCAGCAGAACAGCAACGGGAUGCCUUCCAUCUUGGAGGGCAGCAGACUCCAUCAUUCACAACUCAAUGGCCUUGAGAGCACAACUGCGUGGAACAAAGAGAAAGAGAAACAAAAAGGGCACCCCUUUUAAAAAAAAUAAAGGAAAAAGGAGAAAAAAAAAAGAAAAAAGGCAAGAAAGUAAAUGAAAACACUCUGCACUUCUCAUAGAAAAAGGAGAGAGAGAGAGUUGAGGAAGAUGAGCAAAGAAAAAAGCCCUUCCCCAUCUCUCCAUGUAUAAAUAUUUACUUGUUAUGUCUGGUCUGAAUGCACAAGCCUCCCAAGCUUGCAAAAACAUUUCUUUAUUGAGCUGUGUCUAGACCUUUAAAAAGGAAAAAAAAAAUCAACUGUAGUCCUUUUUUUUUCUAGUUGAGCUGUGUGUGAAUGCUUUUUAUUUUGAUUAUUUCACUUAUCUUUAAAGACAAAAUAUUUGCACAAAAAAACCAUUUUGUUUAAAGAUCUGCAAUAUAAAUAUAUAAAUAUAUAUUAAAAAGAAGAGAAAGUGUAUGUGUACGGAGCAGGAGUAUUUUUGUAUUAGAAGAGGCCUAUUCAAAAAAAGAAAAACAAAAAAAAAAGAUGUUUUCUGAACUAGAAGAAAAUGGCAAUUUUUUGAGUGCCAACUCAAAAAGCGUGUAUUACAUUGUAAAAAAACAAAAAAACACAAAAAAAAUCAAAAGCAGGGGUUUAGAGUUAUUUAUAUAAAUGUUGAAAUUUUGCACUAUUUUUUAAUAUAAAUAUGUCAGUGCUUGUGUUGGUCAAAGCCUCUAUCAUGUCUACCAUGAACCUGUUAAGGGAUCUGUGGAAGUGAAGAACAAAGUAGCUGGAAGGGGGUGGAGAGGCGCUGAAGUGGAGCUGCCAGCCCCGAGCGGAGCGGUGAGCGAGACUGCAUCUUAUGCAAAUCCCUAAUUUCCAGAGUCCCUGCGCGUGGCCGCACGGCUUUACACAUUCCCUACAAAGCAAGAGGAGUUGGUGUGUGUCUGUAUGUCAUCCCGUAGGAUUAUUGGAGUGGAAAGGUAAAAGCAAACCUCCCUGCUUCUGAGAGUCGGUAACGGCUGGAGCAGCAGAAAUUACUUGAUUUUUAUUUUCAUUUUUUAUUUGGACAACCUCUAAGUUGGGGGGGGGGGGGGGGGGGGAUGAGAAUAAACUUCUGUGUCUGAAGGAUCAAAGUGGUUCUCGGUUUAUUUCUUUCAAUGUCCAACUGAAGGGCCCAAUUCAGAGCUUAAAGCGGUGAUGAGGGAAGUUACUGUGAGUAAAUGGUAACGUGCUCACUGGCUGCCUUUCAGCUGGGCUUUAAAUGACAUUAACAGUCCGAGCUGAGAAGCGUGGUGGUGGUGAAAGUCAUCUUCAUUUUGUAUUAACUUCCCAAGCUUCUAUUUGGGAUAAACAGGCUCAGCCGUGUCAGCUGUUUUUUACUGUAUUAUCCUAGCUAAAAGGGUGUCAGAUACAGUAGAUGGAAAUGAAUCUGCUCCUGUGAUGUAGUAAUUAAAGGUUGAAGAAAUACGCUAAUGCUUUAGAAGCAAAACCCCCUUUACCUCUUCUGAAGAUGUCCUCACCCACAGCAGCAUGGUCCCGCUGCCCUCCCGCCCGCCGGGUGUUGAGCGUCUUUAGUUUACCUUGGUUCCAGAAGCAUUUUGUCACUAUGCUAUUGUUUACAUGUGUAUAUUGCGCAGGUGUCUGGUAGGUGUUUGACCCUCGUGGUGAAUCUGUAUGUGAUGGAGCGAGCGCGUGAGAAACCUGAGAGCAGAGAGAGAAAGCAAAAGGGAAUAAACCGUGGUUCCGGUCCCGUCCCGCCGGCCGGGAGAGCAUCUCCCUGAGCGUGAGGAGGGAUGGGUCAGGAACCACACAGAGUGAAGCUUUUACAAGGGGGUGUGCUUACAUUUUCUGCAGGAUGCUAUCUAGUAGAGUGACAUAAAUGAAAGAUAUAAAGGCAAUAACUAUUGUUUUUAAGCAACUUUUCUAUUACUUGAAGAAAAAGAAAAAAAAAAAGAACCAUGCAAAAGGUUUUGAAGUUCUGACCAUUUGAACAAUAUUUAUAUAUAUUUUAAAGAAGAAGAUAAAUAGCUGAACUUGAAGUUUGAUCCUUAUUUUUUGCCUUUUUUGUUGAAUUUUUGCCUAGAACUAGUCCUGUACCUUCUCGAUAUUUCAGACUGCUUUUCCACAGCUCUUGAAAUCUUCACAGCUUUACAGUCCUGUAACCUAAAUUCUGAUGACCUAAAACAAAAA